AUGUCUCGCUCUGCCGCCCACGAUGCCCGAAACAGUGCGUUCCGGGAAGCAUUCAAAACACCCUUCGAAUUCAAAGCCAGUCUACUACCCACCGGGGAAUUGAUCACAAAAGAGGCGCAGAAGCUCAAUCUCGAGCAUGAAAUUCAAGACAUUCCAGCGGGCAGAGGCGCACGGAUACACUGGCUUGGACAUCGUCCGGCGAAAGGGGUGCUUCUGUAUUUCCAUGGUGGAGGAUUCUGCUUUCCCGCGCUCAAGGGACAUGUUCGCUUCUGGAAUGAAUGUCUCAAGUCUUUGAACCCGAAAAGCGACUUUGUCAUUGCGGCUCUGGAGUACGGACUGACCAAGGAGGUAAGAUAUCCUACCCAAAUCAUCCAAGGGCUGGAGGCUCUGCGAUUCAUUCUGGGCCAAGGCUACGACGCAUCCAACGUUGCCAUUGGCGGAGAUUCCGGAGGGGGAAAUCUUACCCUCGGGGUCCUAUCCAUCCUGUUGCACGGAUUCGACGGAGUCGAGCCGUUGAGGCUGGACGCUCCACUUGCUGGGGUCCUCCUGUUCUCGCCCAUGGUCAGCUUUGGCACCGACAGUGAGUCUUGGACGGCAAACAAAGACAAAGACUGCGUCGCUCCCAUCAGCAUGCACCUGCUCGGCCCUGCAUACGUCGACCCGGAAGAUGUCAACAACUACUCGGAACCUCUCCGCGCCGAUGUCGCCUGGUGGAGAGGGAUCCCUGCCAAGUCCAUCUUGAAUAUAUACGGAGGUGAUGAAUGCUUCAAGUCUCACAUUGUCGAGCUGGGAGAGAAGCUCAACGAGGCAGGCAACAAGGUUGAAAAUGUGGAAUGCCCGGCAAGUGUGCAUAUAGACUGGGUUCUGGACUUGCACGCAGGGUUGGAGUCUGGAAUCAUGCCCAACCGAGUACUGGAUUGGCUGUCGAGGGUGUUCUGA